CGGCCUCCCUCUCUCUUCCACGUGCUCGUAGAAAAGAAGACUCGCUCUAGUUGCAACUCAACCAGAGAGAAGCCAAACAGAAAACGGAAAAUAAACACAGAGAGAGAGAGAGAGAGAGAGAGAGAGAGAGAGAGAGAGAGAGAGGAAAAUGGAGAGCGGCGCUGCCUUUUCUGUUCUUCAGCAAAACUACAUCCUCUGCCCCUCCCGUCGCAACGGUUCUAGUCGCCUCCUACCUUCAUUGCCCUCCGACAGAAAGCAUUUCUCUCCUCUUCCGUCCUUCAAGGUACAGAAACAUUUUCCUUCCUCUUCGUGUAGUCUAGGUGUUUCCGCUUCUUCUCUGAGGCGUGAGGCCGUUUUAUCGGAUGUUUUCAGCAAUGAAACAGCAGAAUUAGCUGAUAUAGAGUGGGACAACCUUGGCUUCGGUUUGAUGCCCACCGAUUAUAUGUAUAUCAUGAAAUGUACUCAAGGCGGGAGCUUUUCAAACGGUGAAUUGCAGCGUUUUGGGAACAUUGAAUUGAGUCCAUCAGCAGGGGUCCUAAAUUAUGGACAGGGAUUAUUUGAAGGUCUUAAAGCGUACAGGAAAGAAGAUGGUAAUAUUUUGUUGUUUCGACCAGAGGAAAAUGCAAUGCGAUUGAGGAAUGGUGCAGAGAGGAUGUGCAUGCCCGCACCAACUGUUGAACAGUUUGUUGAAGCUGUAAAGGCAACUGUUUUAGCAAACAAACGUUGGGUACCUCCUCCAGGUAAAGGUUCUCUAUAUAUCAGGCCAUUGUUAAUGGGAAGUGGUGCUGUUCUUGGUCUUGCUCCAUCUCCUGAGUACACCUUUCUGAUUUAUGUUUCACCUGUGGGAAACUAUUUUAAGGAAGGUGUUGCACCAAUUCAUUUAAUUGUUGAGCAUGAAUUACAUCGUGCAACUCCUGGUGGUACUGGAGGUGUGAAAACUAUCGGCAAUUACGCUGCAGUUCUGAUGGCUCAAUCUGCUGCGAAAGCCAAGGGAUAUUCAGAUGUUCUAUAUCUUGAUUGUGUUCAAAAGAAAUAUCUGGAGGAGGUUUCUUCGUGCAAUAUUUUUGUUGUGAAGGAUAACUUUAUCUCCACUCCAGCAAUAAAGGGGACAAUCCUGCCCGGUAUCACUCGGAAGAGUAUAAUUGAUGUUGCUCGCAGCCAAGGAUUCCAGGUUGAAGAGCGCCUUGUGACAGUGGACGAAUUGCUUGAUGCUGAUGAAGUCUUUUGUACAGGCACAGCGGUUGUUGUGUCCCCUGUUGGUAGCAUUACAUAUAAGGGUAAAAGGGUGUCCUAUGUAGAAGGGGGAUUUGGUGUGGUUUCUCAGCAGCUCUAUUCUGUUCUGACCAGACUACAGAUGGGUCUCAUUGAGGAUGAGAUGGAUUGGACUGUUGAGCUGAAUUAGGGGUACUGAAAUAGCCAAUUGCUGAAUGCUUCUUAAUUUUAUGCCAAGGUAGCCAGUCUCAUAUCUGUCUUCUGGAAGUUACAUACCGUCUAUUAAUCUACAUUCUCUGCUCUGUAGAUAGGUUUUCCCCAGUGGUGUCUAAUAUCUUUUAUAUGUUUGGUUGGAAAUCUGCAUGAGUACAGGGAGACGAACAAUUGGUAAUUUAGUUGUUUUACAAGAACUUUUAAUUGCCUUGAGCCCCCACCCUCUAUCAAAAGACCAUGCGUGUUUAUACGUUAUGUUAUGGCUAAUAUGAAUAGUUAGCUAAUCAAGGCAUGUAAUCGAGUACAUGCAGAAAUUGUAAAAUUUCUUCUUUAUUCGAUCUGUGGCUUUGGUUUUCUCAAUUA